AUGCUCGGAAAGGGAAGCUUGGGAACGAUUUAUAGAGCAGUGUUGGACGACGGUUGCACCGUGGUUGUGAAGAAACUGAAAGACGCUAACCCCUGCGAAGGGAAUGAGUUUGAACAGUAUAUGGACGUUGUAGGGAAGCUGAAACACCCCAACAUUGUGAGGCUGAGAGCUUAUUAUUACGCGAAGGAAGAAAAACUUCUGGUGUAUGAUUAUCUCCCCAAUGGAAGCUUGCAUAACCUUCUCCAUGGGAAUAGGGGACCAGGGAGGAUCCCAUUGGAUUGGACGAAAAGAAUAAGCUUGGUGUUAGGAACGGCGAAAGGAUUGGCUCGAAUUCAUGCGGAGUACAACACAUCCAAGAUACCUCACAAGAACGUGAAAGCUUCAAACGUGCUUCUGGACAAGAAUAAGGUUGCUUGCGUUUUAGACAUUGGGCUAUUGUUGUUGUUGAAUCUCGUUUACGCGAUAGCCAGGUUGGGGGCAUCGGAGCAGGUGGAGGUGAAGAGGCUUUCACAGGAGGCUGAUGUGUACACGUUUGGGGUGUUGGUGUUGGAGGUUGCGAUGGGGAGCGCCGUUGGAGCAGGGUGGCAUGGAUCUUCCAACGUGGGUGAGGUUAGUGCGGUGAAGGAGGAGGUGUUCGAUGAGGAGCUGCUGAGGUACAAGAAUAUCAAGGAGGAAUUGGUGGCAAUGGAUCUUCCAACCGUUCAAUGA